UGCCAACCUCCGGUAAACUAAAAAGAUGAAGAAGAAGAAUUCGGGUUUCUGGGGAAAUGUUUCAUGGUUGCAGUUUUAAAAAACCCGCAGGGCCCUGUCUAAAUAAGAAGUAUUUAUAGGUAAAUAGUUCCCAUAUAACGUUACGCUGUUUUUUAGUACACGGAGUAAAACUGAAUGAUUGAAAUGAUUCCUCAGACAGGCUAGAGCUGUCAAGGCCGUGUUACAGAGACCCGCGGUCUGGAGCCGCUGUUAUCACUUCUGUCUCGUGAUCUGUAUAUUUCUCUGCGGUCUACGAAUGUUGUAAAGCAGCGCGAUGGACGUGGCGCACGUUCUUCAGGAGAUGAGAAUCGGAGAUGAGGCUGGUUCGUGCUCCGUGCUCGCUGCUUUCAGCCGCAUUCGUGAGCGCUUCGAGGCGGAGGACGCGCCGGAGAGACGCGCGCGCAUCCUGGAGGAGACCGCAGGUCUGCUUGCGCGCGCACCGCUCGACCGCCUCUUUCCCGAGCUCAGCGAUGAGCUACGAGGCCAGUAUUUGGGCUUAGUGAACUCAUUCACCCGCCACGCUGCCCUGCCACCAUGCGACACAGACAGCGGCGCUUUAUGUGCCAAGAGUUACGCGGACAUACCGGCCAGAGCUCAGGCUGUUAGUACCGUGCUACUCGCGUUGUCUGUGCAGAUUCAGAAAGCGCUGGAGGAUCAAAACAGUCCAGCUGUCAGGUCUCUGGCUCGCACACUUGCCCCCACCUUCUGUAUCUUCUCCAUCACGCACCUGCUGGAGCAGCCUUGGACCAGUGCAGCCUCCAGAAGGAGCGCUCGUGAGCUGCUAGCAGCAGCUGUGGCCCUGACAGACAGCAGCUCAGUGCAGGAGAUGCUGUCCGGGAGACCUGAGCAGGAGCAGAAAGGAGCUCUGGGGCCAGUCCUGGACGCGCUGCAGCCAGAGUUAACCAAGGAGCGCUGGAAGCGUAACCAGGCAGUGAAGCAUGUGUUCUCCUGGGUGCUGGUGCAGGUUGGGCGACCCUGGUUAACUGAGUAUUUGGAGAAGGUGUUUCCUCCAUCUCUGCUGAUAUCUGAUGAUUAUCACACAGAAAACAAAGUAUUGGGUGUGCACUGCCUGCAUCACAUUGUUCUCAAUGUGCCAGCUGCUGAUCUGAGGCAGUUCAACCGAGCUCAGGUGCUCUAUCACGCUCUCUUCAGUCACUUACACACAUCUGAAGCUGUACUCAUACAGGUUGUGCUGCCCUGCCUUCUAGACUUGCUGUCAGUCCUUGAGAAACCUCCAGUCCACUCAGGUUUACCGCGCAAACCAACUCGCUUUGACGAUGUGCUACGGCACAUCUUAACAUACAUGGAAAUGGAGCACAAGCUUGACCUUCGUCGUGUAUAUGCCAAAAAUCUUGUCUUAUUUAUUGAGAGGAUGGGUAUAGUAAUCGUUCGUCACCUGAAGAGGCUGGAGAGGGUGAUUGUGGGAUACUUGGAGGUCCCAGAUGCUCCAGAGGAGAAAGCCAGACUGAGUAUCCUGGAUGCUCUGCAAAAAACUCUACAGAUUGCUUGGCCACGCAUGGAGAGGAGGAUGGGUUCACUAGCUCAGAGUCUUCUGAGGUUUCUGGUUGACGUCUCAUCAGAGUCAUUACCCCCUCAGCUGAAAGAGCAGCUCAUGACCCAAGCAUCCCACUGUUUACUGCUGCUCGACCACUGCUCAAAGGGAAAACUACAGAGUCUUCUGAGAGAGCUUGACAGCAGUUGUGUUUCUGAACCUGUGUUGAAGUGUAUCCAGAAAGUCACUGCAGCACCACUGUGUCAAUAAGCUGUCAGGGUAUUUGCCACUUUUGGAGGAGAAGUUGGCUCGGUAGAAUCUGAUUCAGUGAGCAGUUCACUGUGAACAUAGUAAUAUCU